GUCAACACUGUCUACACCUCAGUAAAGGUACAGGAGACCAUUAAAAAGGCCCUGGACACCAUCACCACAGAGACAGGUGCCACAGCUGCCACUGUUCUCCAGGGAGACUCAGCCACCACCAUCAUGGAGAAAGUUAAGAUAAUUAUUGGUGAAAGCCCUCCAGCGACAUUAACUGUUGAUGAUCUUCGUGGGAUGAGUGAGAGCGUCAAGAGGCUGGUGGAGGCUGGCCUGGUGUUUGGUGUCCAGCAAGACCAAGAUGACCUCCGCUACUCCAGGAUAACUUUACAAGAUGGUCAACUGUAUCUCCACGUUCUCCAGCACCAACCACCACCCACCCACGCCCACACUAUCCAGGAUAACGACAAACCAGAGGAGUGUAAAGUGUGCUUUAACAAUUAUGAUGAAGAACUACGACGACCACGCACGCUACCGUGUGGUCACACAUUCUGCUCACAGUGUAUUGAAGAUACAAUUAAGAAUGCUCAGCUCACCUGCCCCAGCUGCCGUGCUGAGCACAGUGCCACAGAUGCUACUCAGUUCCCGAUCAACUAUGCUAUGGAGGCUGUGAUAAAGAAACUCAGAAGUAUCCAGGUUGCAUCAGUGGGAACAGUGUCAGCAAAAUGUGGUCAAGAUCGCACAAGAGACAUCAGGAAGAAGUUACAGUCUUUGGCACAGGAACACAAGAGCAGUAUCAGUAACCUUAUAAGUGAGUGUGAAGAAGCACUGUCCCAGCUGGGCAAGUACCAGGGGCAGGUGAGGGACUGGAAGACCCAGCAUCACCAACUGCAGGACAGACUCUAUGAUCUGCUGGAGCAGAACAAGGCAGCAGUAGAGCUCCUGGAACAGGAAGAUACCAGUGUGCUGACUAUGACAACAGAAGGUGAUGCAGGAAAGAAGCAGCUGCAGACCAUGCUGGAGAACCUCAACACAGUCAACACUGCACAGGAGGUCUUCACAACCAUUGAUGAAGCUGAUCACUACAAUGUGGAGGUUGAAGAUUGGAUCCAGAAGUGCCAGGAACUCUUCCCAGAUGUUAACACUGUCUACACCUCAGUAAAGGUAUAUUGCCACAAAUAUUAUUGA